AUGUUGAUAGCGAAAAGAAAGAAAACAGCGGGCGAAGGACGACUGGGAAAAUGGAUUGAGCUGUCGUUAAGCCUGUUAUUCCACCAAGGCGCCGUCGAUUGCGCCAGAGCCGCCCUCCUCCUCCCGCUCGCCGUCUCCAUCCUCCACUGCCAACCGGUCCAGAAAUGCUCCCUCGUAGAAACCGCCUUCCUCCUUCUGGUGACCGUCGCGACGGUCAACAUGCUCACCACCGUGCUCAACGACUCCCCCAUAUUCCCCGACGACGACGACGACGCCGCCGCGACGCCCAUCUCCGACGCUCCGCUGCUGAUGGACUCGCCCCAAUGCGUGCUCUUCGGCACGUUCAUGAUCUGGUUCGCCUCCAUCACCAUCAAUUUGGGACCGACGUUUCUGUCGGGGGCGCUGGCCGCCCAAGGCGAGGGCGGUCACAAGGCGCCCUCCUGUCCGCUGAUCAACAGCCCGCUGCGCCACUACAUACUGAACGUGCUGUGGAUAGCGGUCAAUUUGGUGUGCGUGUUUCUCACGUUGUUCCAUUUGAAGAAGCUGCACAGGGACCUGACCAAGGCCAACGUGGAGGCGGUGCGCGUGGCCGGCUUGGUGACCACGCUGGUGAACGUGACCGGCGCGACCGGCGGUCGGAUGGGUUCCGUCGAGGACGGGACGGCCGGCCGUGGCGGCGGCGGCGGGGGCGGCGGCGGCGGCGCCCUCGAGGAGCACCGCAGGAUGCGCGACUAUCUGAGGCGGAUGGAACGGGACGGCGUCCAGCGAGUGAAAAUGUUCGUGGUCAUCACGGGGGCCUACGUGCUGUUUUGGGGCCCCCUUUUCUUCGUCACGCUGGUCAAUCAUCCGGUGGUCGGCAGCCCCUUGGGGCACGAGGUAAAUGGACACCGAAUUUCUUUUUUAUUGGGCCUCCGGCGCGCCGCCUUGGAUUUGUGCUGCGGCUGGAUGCCCGUCUGGUUGAUAUCGUCGGGGGGGGCGGGCGUGCCGCCGCCCCCCGAUCCGCCGCGGGCCGCCGACAUAUCGCUGCUGAAACCGGCCGGUCCGCUGCCGGCGCCCGCCCACCCCGAUAGCUCUAUGGGAGACUCCGAUUUGAGCCCAUGGACGCCGCCAAUCGAAUCCUACGAACCGUUGGAGUCCUUCGCCAGCGAGCCGAGUUUCGCCGCCUCCGAACGGGAGAUGUUUCGCGGCGAAACCGCCGCCGUUCGAUCGCGAUUCUCCACACCGGAGCCGGACAUCGUCGACUAG